UUUUAAUAUUCCUUCUUUUUCCCCCAAUUUCCCCUCAGAAUAAAAAAGAAAGAAAAAAAAAAAAGAAAAGAGCAUGCUCAUUAUUGUUCAUCAUCAUCAUCUCUCCCUCUUCCAAUCUCCCAUGUCCCAUCCUCUUAAUUUCUCUCUACCAUUACAUAAACACACAAACACACCCCCCCUUCUAAUUAAUUAAAUCCCUCUUAGCUUCCUCUCUUUUAUGGGGGCUUCCUUUGCCAAGCUCUCCACCAAUCUCCCACCUUCAUCGUCUUCUACCAGCUCUUCUCUAGAAGACAUCCCCGAAAAUUGUAUUUCCAUUGUCUUGAUGUACUUGGACCCUCCUGAGAUCUGCAAUCUUGCUUCUCUUAGCCAUGCCUUUCGCUCCACUUCUUCCGCCGAUUUCGUUUGGGAAUCCAAACUCCCUUCUAAUUACAUCUUCUUGCUUCAUCGAGUUCUUCAACUUCCACUAUUGACCCACCCUAAGAAGGAGAUCUUCGCUCGGCUUACUCGCCCAUGUCCAUUCGAUCACGCCACUAAGGAGUUUUGGUUGGAUAAAAAAUCUGGGAAAAACUUCAUAUCGAUUUCAUCUAAGGCUUUGAAGAUUACUGGGAUUGAUGAUAGAAGAUAUUGGAAUUAUAUUCCAACUGAUGAAUCAAGGUAUGGGUCAGUGGCAUAUUUGAAACAAAUUUGGUGGGUUGAAAUAGGAGGAGAAAUGGAGUUUGAGUUACCAAAAGGAAAGUAUAGUGUAUAUUUUAGGGUUCAAUUGGGGAAAAGUUCAAAGAAAUUUGGAAGAAGGUUUAUAGAUGUUGAUGAAGUUCAUGGAUGGGAACUUAAACCAGUGAGAUUUGAACUCUCAGUUUCCAACAACAAUAAUAAAAAUGGCCAAAAGGUUUCAUCUGAGUUUUAUUUAAACCAGUUUGGGAAAUGGGUUUUGUAUAAAGUUGGAGAUUUUUGUAUUGAAAGUCCUAAUUUUGUAGCACAGAUUAAAUUCUCUAUGAUUCAAAUUGAUUGUACUCAUACUAAAGGUGGCCUUUCUGUGGACUCUGUCUUCAUUUGUCCUAAUGAUUUUAAGCCCACCUUUAAAUUAUGAUCACAUUCUAUUCAUAGGGUUUUUCAUUUUUUCAUUUUUUUUUUUUAAUUUUGUAGAUCUCUGUUUUGGAAAUAGUUUUUGGCUGAGAUUUGUUGUUGUUUUUUGUAUUUUUUUUCUUUUUGAGUUGAGUUUAGUUAGGAUUGUACCAAAAAUGUACUGGUUACGUUGUACAAAAAUUCUUGAGAGGAAUAAUGAAAUGGAAAAAUAUGUUUUUCUUUCAUA